AUGGACAUAAGGUCAAAAUUCACGCUGUCCCCUGCGAAGGGGACUGUUGCUGAUGCGAGAAAGAACAAAGAUGUCAGUAACAAGCACCAUCUGGGAUCUUUGCGCAGAAGAGAACCUACUGGCGCCAAUAAUUUCCCUAACAAUGUACAACCAACAAAGUACAAUGUACAGAAAACAAAAGAUCUUGUUAAGAGACAGAGACCUAAAGGACAAUAUCAUGGCAGUGCAGAGACGAAUUCCAAGGUAGUGGAGGAGAAAUUACCUGAGUAUGGCUCAGUAUUGGUCCAAAGAAGCAAAAAGAAUGGCAAUCACUUGCUGAAUUUCCAUUACGAGCGAUAUAUGAUGAGAGAUGCACAAAACAGAGAUAUAAGGAGACAUAGUUCCAACAGCAAUAGAUUGCUGCCACCAGUUCAGCGACAUAAAUAUAACAAGGAGCAAUUUGUACAAGCUAGCUGCCAAUUUGUUGUGACUGCAAGCAGGGAUUAUUCCUUACAUCUGACUAAUCCUGAUAUUCUUGUGGAUUGGAAGCUGAUUGAGCAAGUUAUAUUACACAAUUCAGAAAAUCUUUCCUGUCCCAUUUGUUUACAUCCACCAGUCGCAGGAAAAAUGACUCGCUGUGGUCAUGUCUAUUGCUGGCCUUGUAUUCUUCGUUACCUACGUUAUUGUCAAGAAACAGGCAACUACAAAUGUCCGAUUUGUGAUGAAUAUCUUCACAAAAAUGACUUAAAAAGUGUGGUCGAAAUUACGCGAAGUACAUUCAAUUUGGGUGAAACAGUCAAUUUGUGUCUGAUGCGUCGUGAAAAAAAUUCCUUAUUCGCAACUCCUGUGAAAUCUGCGAUUCAACCGCCAACAACAUUUUUAUCUGUUUCAGAAAAUGCUGAUAAUCAGAUAUAUUCAAAGCUUCUUAUUGCGAAUAUAAAAGAUAUUGUCAACAUCAUAGAAAGCGAACGUUCAGAAUUAGAAUUUGAGCUUAAAAAUGAUCCAGAUAUGUCUUCUGACAUCAAGCAAGCGCUCACUGAAUUGUCAAAGCGAAAGGAAAAAUUACUGUGGAAGAUCGCAGAAUCUAAAGAUGCUCCAUCGAUGGAAAAUACAAUGGAAAAAGAAGUUAUCGAAGAAACAUCGCAAGGAAAUGAAGUAAAUGUUGAUACAUAUUACGAAGAUGAUAAGAUUUUAGCAAAACAAUCUUCGACAGACAGUGUUUCCAGUGAUAGCCAGACUGUUUCAAGCCCUUCUAAAUUCUCUUACUUUUAUCAAGCCGAGGACGGACAACACAUGUAUCUACAUGCAGCAAAUGUGAAAAUGCUGGAAAUGCAGUAUGGUAGUUUAGAGUACUGUCCCCCAGUAAUAACGGGCAAGCUCCUUGAAAAAGAAGCAAGCAUUUGCACAGAAGAAUUAAGACGCAGAUUACGAUAUCUUUGUCAUCUACCACUUACUUGUCCAUUAGAAUUAGCUGAAAUCGAAUUAAAACCACCACUGGUAUCGGAGGAAGUUCUUCAUGCUUUCCACGAACAAUUAAAUUCAAGACAGAAAUACAGAGAACAGAAAGAACGCGAGGAAAGAAAAAGAGAGAAAAAGAUAAUAGAAGAAGAAAAUAGACAAAUUGGGAUAUAUCCGACGCCCAACAUAGAUAUCGAAUCUUAUCAACAUUUUCCUCAAUUACAGUCAGAACUGCAGUCACAAUUGUCGAAUGAGAACGUGCUAUCACCUUCAGAAUCGGGUACGUCAAGUAUUGCUAGCAGUCCAGCUUUGAGUGCAUUUGAUGAAAUUGCUCCAAAACAAGAAAUAGAUCAUUCGCGGGAACAAACCCGAACAUUCGCGGACAUAAUGAAAUUAUCAUCAAUGUCCACAAAAAUGUCUAAUAAAUCCAUCAAUGCAUGGCCCGCUGUAACAUCGAAAAUGCACUCCGGUACAACGAGUGCAUGGUCCGGCAAAGAUGAAGAAAAAGCAUUAUUGACAAAGGCACACAAGUCUACUAAUGCUUGGCCGCCUGUUAAAUCAAGUACAUGCAUUGGUACACCGGGUACUUCAUCCAACGAAGAUGAAAAGAAAUCAUGCGUUUCUGAAGAAGCAAAAGAUGAAAGUAAUGCAUUAGGCAAGAAGAAGAAAAAGAAAGGGAAAGGAACAGUACUGCUUACAACUGGUAUGACAUCUGGUUAUUCUAUAUAAUUAUGUAUAUUAUCGCAUAAUGUUUUUACGCUAAUUCUUUGCGCGCUAUUAAAGUAAUCGGUGAUUUUAUUGGAUCAGCGUAGGAAAUUUGUGAUUUCGUUGUGAUUUCGAAUUUGCUAUCAUUAUUUGACAUCGUACUAAAAAAAAAAAAAAAAAUACGUACGGUAUUACGUAUUAAAUGUCUCAAUUUUUCUAUUCUGGAUUUGUUUACUGUGAAAUGAAUUAUUUGCAACAGGGUUCUCGCAUAUUGCGCUUAUGAAUAAAAUUUUACUUCAUUUA